AGGAUAUAAAAUAGCGAUUUUGGCUGCCCACCUAAGAAAAAAAGGCAAUGGAGACUGAACAACAGGAAGAAACCUUUACCAACACAGAGACAAAUGGCAAACGUCCUGCAGAAGAUAUGGAGGAAGAGCAGGCCUUCAAAAGAUCUCGGAACACAGAUGAGAUGGUUGAAUUGCGCAUUCUGCUUCAGAGCAAAAAUGCUGGAGCAGUCAUUGGAAAAGGUGGCAAAAAUAUUAAGGCACUUCGUACAGACUACAAUGCCAGUGUUUCAGUCCCAGACAGCAGUGGCCCCGAGCGCAUCCUGAGUAUAAGUGCAGAUAUAGAGACAAUUGGAGAAAUCUUGAAGAAGAUUAUCCCUACUUUAGAAGAGUAUCAACACUACAAAGGCAGCGACUUUGACUGCGAAUUAAGACUUCUCAUUCACCAAAGCUUGGCAGGAGGAAUUAUUGGUGUCAAGGGUGCUAAAAUUAAAGAACUUAGAGAGAACACUCAGACUACCAUUAAGCUCUUCCAAGAGUGUUGUCCUCACUCUACUGACAGAGUGGUGCUUAUUGGUGGAAAACCUGAUAGAGUUGUGGAAUGUAUCAAGAUUAUCUUGGAUCUUAUCUCUGAGUCUCCAAUUAAAGGACGCGCUCAGCCUUAUGAUCCUAAUUUCUAUGAUGAAACAUACGACUAUGGUGGCUUCACAAUGAUGUUUGAUGAUAGAAGGGGACGUCCAGUAGGCUUUCCAAUGCGUGGACGAGGAGGUUUUGAUCGAAUGCCCCCUGGUCGUGGUGGGCGACCAAUGCCUCCAUCGAGAAGAGAUUACGAUGAUAUGAGCCCUCGCAGAGGACCUCCGCCACCUCCACCAGGUCGUGGUGGCAGAGGUGGCAGCAGAGCUCGUAAUCUUCCUCUUCCUCCUCCACCACCUCCUCGUGGCGGAGAUCUUAUGUCUUAUGACCGAAGAGGCAGACCGGGAGACCGCUAUGAUGGCAUGGUAUGA